AUGAAGUGGAGGGAGUCACCGAGCAGGAGGGAGUGGCUAGAGACACAGGGAGGGGAGGAGUGGGUGGAGACACAGAGAAGGGAGGAGUGGGUGGAGACACCGGGCAGAUGGCAGUGGCUGAAGACACCGAGCGGGUGGAAGUGGCUGGAGACACGGGGCGGAUGGAAGUGGCUGGAGACACCAGGCGGAUGGGAGUGGCUGGAGACACCAGGCGGAUGGAAGUGGCUGGAGGCACCGGGCGGAUGGAAGUGGCUGAAGACACCCAGCGGGAGGGAGUGGCUGGAGACACCCAUCGGGAGGAAGUGGCUGACGACGCCCAUCAGGAGGGAGCGGCUGGAGACGCCCAGCGGGAGGGAGUGGCUGGAGACGCCCAGCGGGAGGGAGUGGCUGGAGACGCCUAGCGGGAGGGAGUGGAUAGGGACGCCCAGCGGGAGGGAGUGGAUGGGGACGCCCAGCGGGAGGGAGUGGCUGGAGACGCCCAGCGGGAGGGAGUGGCUGGAGACGCCUAGCGGGAGGGAGUGGAUGGAGACGCCCAGCGGGAGGGAGUGGCUGGAGACAUACAGCGGGAGGGAGUGGCUGGAGACAUACAGCGGGAGGGAGUGGCUGGGGACACUGAGC